CAUAUCUAGACGGCAGGAACUGCCUGCCUCCUGCUGCUGUUCCUCAACUGCCAAGCUCCGCGUCCUUUCCCCACCACUACAGCCAUCAUGAUCGCCGAAACCCUGGCUCUUGUCCAAGAGCAGUCCUCAGCACAUCCGUUCCGUUCAUUGUUAUACCUCUUCCUGGCCGUCCCUCUCACCUACCUUGUCAUCAACGAGUAUGUCCGCGCCCGCGCCCGCGUCCCGGGCUUCGCUGGCCCGCCAGGUCUACCCGUCAUCGGAAACCUAUAUCAGAUCCGGGUCAACGCGGCGGAGCAGUACCGGCUGUGGUCUCAGCGGUACGGAGCCGUGUACCAGAUCCAGCUUGGCAACAUCCCGGUCAUCGUGGUCAACAGCGCCGCGGCAGCGCGUGACAUAUUCGGCAAGAACAGCCAGGCGCUGAGCAGCCGGCCAGUGUUCCACACGUUCCACAAGGUGCUCAGCAACACGGCAGGGACGACGAUCGGGACGAGCCCGUUCAGCGAGAGCCUGAAGCGGCGGCGCAAGGGGGCAGCGGCGGCGCUGAACAAGCCCAGCGUGGCGACGUACGUGGAUCACUUGGACGUGGAGACGCGGGACUUUGUCAAAGAAGCGCUGGAGCAGGGUCGCGGGGGCCGCGCGGCCGUCGACCCCAUGCCGCUUAUCCAGCGGCUGUCGCUGAGCCUGUCGCUGACGCUGAACUGGGGCACCCGCAUGGGCAGCCGCGACGACCCGCUCUUCCACGAGAUCACAGAGGUCGAGGAGGACAUCUCGCGCUUCCGCAGCACGACGGGCAACCUGCGCGACUACGUGCCGCUGCUGCGCCUGAACCCGUUCAGCGGGGGGAAGCGCCGUGCAAAGGAGGUCCGCAACCGGCGCGAUGUGUAUCUCCGCCGGCUGAACGAGGACUUGGACUCGCGCAUGGCGGCUGGCACGCACAAGCCGUGCAUUCAAGCCAACGUCAUCUUGGACAAGGAGGCCCAGCUCAACGCUGCGGAGCUGACAUCAAUCAGCUUGACGAUGCUGUCCGGUGGGCUCGAUACCAUCACCACACUUGUGCAGUGGAGCCUCGCGCUGCUGGCUCAACGGCCGGACAUCCAGACAAAGGCCGUCGCCGCUUUGCGGGAGACUGAAAGUGGUGAUGACGGCAACAGCAGCGCCCUGCACGAUGCCGCCGACGACCAGAAGUGCCCGUACAUCGCGGCCCUGGUCCGCGAGUGCUUGCGCUACUUUUGCGUGCUGCGGCUCGCACUGCCCCGCGCCACAGUCAGGGACAUUGUCUACGACGGGCGCGUCAUCCCUGCGGGGACGACGGUGUUUCUGAACGCGUGGGCGUGCAACAUGGACCCCACGACCUGGCCCGACGCGCGCGUCUUCCGCCCGGAGCGCUGGCUCGAAUACCCCGACGCCCCGCUCUUCACCUACGGCCUCGGGUACCGCAUGUGCGCCGGCUCGCUGCUCGCGAACCGCGAGCUCUACCUCGUGCUAGCGCGCACUCUCAAGGCGUUCGAGCUCAAGUCCGUGACAGGGAACAAGAAGGAGGCCUGGACCGGGAGCAGCGAUCUCGUGGACACGGACCCCGUGACCGGCGCCGCGGACCCGACGAGCUUGGUGUCGAUGUGCAGGCCGUAUGAGGUCGUGUUUGCGCCUAGGGAGGGUGAGGAGCGCCUGAGAGAGGCGAUUUUGAGUGGCGAGGAGGCUGUGAGGGGCGAGUGAGUGCGUGGCCGUUUUGGUUGGGUUUGGAUUGGUUUGUUGAAUGCUGGGGAUGGAGCGGUCGUUGUGGCCCGCCAGGCCGCACCCACUGGAAAGAUUGGUACUGAGGGAAUCCACGAGCCUCAACUCGGGCACAUAGUAAUUAUGCACCUUACUGUACUGCGACGUGCUUAAAGCAACCGAUAUCUCGGCUUGACACUACAAAAUAUCAACAUCCAACUUCACCAGCAUCAGUUAGCAUCCAAAUGAGCCACCAAGCCGCCUCUCAGUCCAUCCCAGGCU